AUAGACCCAAUUAGUAAAUUAUGCUACAUAAAUUGUGUGGUUACCACACACACCAACCACAAUAAAACCAAGCGAUUUGCAUUCUUUUCUGGUUUCUAUCAAACUUUAUAUAGCCAUCUCCGGUAUAGAACUCUUAGAGCCUUUUGUAGUGAGCCUCUAGGGAAGUUGAUAUGGCGACAGCAGAAGAAGCUUUGAUUAAGAAAUCAGGAGAUACAUACAGAUCUAUCUUGCAUGACGAAGCUGAGAAUACCACGCAGUGGAGGCAUGGUGGUCCUCCCGUAUAUGAUUCCGUAAACCAGCUCUUCGAAGAAGGCCGGACCAAGGAAUGGCCAAAAGGGUCUCUAGAAGAAGUAGUGCAAAAUGCUAUAAAGUCUUGGGAAAUGGAACUCUCACACAAGACUCGUUUACAGGACUUCAAGACCAUUAAUCCUGACAAAUUCAAGCUCGUUGUUAAUGGAAGAGAGGGUUUAUCAGGAGAAGAAACGCUUAGGCUUGGGAGCUACAAUGCUUUAUUGAAAAACUCUCUACCGAAGGAAUUUCAGUACUACAAAGCAGAUGAAGAAACCUUUGAAUCAUCCCAUGAUGCCUUUCGAUCUGCCUUCCCUCGAGGAUUCGCAUGGGAAGUGCUGAAUGUAUAUUCAGGACCUCCUGUGAUUUCUUUCAAAUUCAGGCAUUGGGGUUUCUUUGAAGGACCUUUCAAAGGCCAUGCUCCUACUGGAGAGAAGGUUGAGUUCCAUGGCCUCGGAGUCCUCAAGAUAGAUGAAUCUCAAAGGGCCGAAGAUGUGGAGAUUUAUUAUGACCCAGCUGAGUUGUUUGGAGGGCUCCUGAAAGGACCGCUGAUCUCACCAUCCCAAUCAGAAUCAGAAGAUAACACUGCCACCGUCGCAGCAGCAACACAUGGCUGUCCGUUUUCCAAAUAAAUGCAACUGGGCAUGUGUUCUCGCUAAUGCUUGUGUUUUGUCACUUCUGUUUGUACCUUGAAUAUCAAGCCGCUUGCUUGAUUUUAUUACCAUUUUAUCUGUUGCUUGCUUUA